CUACUUACUAAAUACAUCCCCCUUGUUCUCCUGGUCGCCAUGGUCGGCAAUACGCACGACGUCGGCAGCGCCGAGGAGCAGCAACGGCAUCUGGACGGCGAGAAUCAUGAAGGAGGGGGCAUGUUUGGCUCGCUGAGGAAGAAGCUCCGAGAUACCAAGUUGCACGACGUCAAGAUUGGCGCCGUUCACCUGAAGCACCGCGUGGGCAAGUUCGAGAACCUGAUCAAUGCGAACCACAGGCAUGACGAAGAGCAUGAGCAGAGGACAGAUGCCAAACGGACCAAGAUCGCGGAACACCAUCGGUUCCAGAGUUUUGCUCCGGAACGCGACGGCAACCUGAUCAAAUGGUAUAUUGAUGGCCGAGACUACUUCCAUGCAGUCUCGGUGGCUCUGGAACGAGCGAAGGAGACCAUCUACAUUGAAGAUUGGUGGCUGAGCCCCGAGCUGUUCCUGCGAAGACCCCCCUUCCACCACCAGCAAUGGCGACUGGACAAUGUGCUCAAACGCGCCGCCGAGCGAGGCGUCAAAAUCUAUGUCAUUGUCUACAAGGAAGUGGAACAUGCUUUGACUUGCAAUUCUCAGCAUACGAAGAAGGCUUUGGCUGCGCUGUGUCCAGAGGGAACACCAGGACAUGGCAACAUCAAUGUGAUGCGGCAUCCCGAUCACAAUGUCCUGGAGAAUGCCUCGGACAUGACAUUCUACUGGGCACAUCACGAGAAAUUCAUCGUGAUCGAUUACGAUAUGGCCUUCAUUGGGGGUCUCGAUCUCUGCUUUGGCCGUUGGGACAACAGACAACACGUUCUUGCCGACGCCCACCCAGCAGGUGUGCAGAAUGAAAUAUUCCCCGGUCAGGACUUCAACAACAACAGGAUUAUGGACUUCCAGUCCGUGAACGAUUGGAAGAGCAACGAGGUGUCCAAGGCGGACUUUGGACGAAUGCCGUGGCACGACGUCGCCAUGGGCGUCAUCGGACCUUGCAUUUAUGAUAUCGCAGAGCACUUCGUUCUGCGAUGGAACUUCUGCAAACGUGACAAGUACAAGCGCGAUGAUCGCUAUGACUGGCUGACGAUGACGGGCCGCACUGGGGAAGAUGAAGAUUUGAUCGGCGUGCAGAGGCCGAAGCAUCCGGUGGGAGAUUAUAUCAAUCAUCCACUUUCACCAUUGCAGAACAAGCGCGGCAACCCCAAGCAAGGCAAGACGAGACAACACCCGGACUCGCAGCAAGGCGCGACGCAAGAAGACGCCUCAGAAGAUGCCGCCGAGGAGUUCUACGACACCGUGCAAGACCUGGAUGAGCAUGGCUACACUAAGGAUCAGCACAGACGAGGCCAUGGACUGCAGAAGGAGCUCAAGGAGCAUGGAAUUCAUCGACCAGGACACAAUAAAGAGAGUCUGGUAGAGGACCACCUCAAUCCCGAGCAUCAGCAAAACGCCCAUGUCACAGGAAAUGACCCGAAGAACGAGGGCACGGUGUCCGCUUCGGGAGGAGUUGACGAGAAGCGCAAAGGCUAUUCGUCUGAUAAGGUCAGCGAUGGCAUAGUAACCUCGCAAGGGACGGUCCACGCACAGCUCGUGCGAUCCUCAGCUGACUGGUCCUCUGGUAUUCUCGCGGAGCAGAGCAUCCAAACGGCGUACUGUCAAGUCAUUAGAGCGGCUAAGCACUUUGUCUAUAUCGAGAACCAGUUUUUCAUCACAGCAACCGGUCCGAAUCAGGCCCCUGUGCAUAAUCUCAUCGGUGCAGCAAUUGUCGAUGCUGUGGUCGCCGCUGCGAGGGAGAACCGCAAGUUCAAAGUCAUCAUCAUGAUGCCCGCCAUCCCGGGAUUUGCUGGAGAUCUCAGAGAUGACGCGGCUGCGGGCACGAGAGCCAUCAUGGACUACCAGUACAAAUCGAUCAACAGAGGUGACGAAAGCAUAUUUGGCAAGGUCAAGGCUGCAGGCGUUGAUCCUACUGAAUACAUCUUCUGUUUCAACCUUCGCUCAUACGAUCGGCUCAACAAAACGCCAGGUCUGAAGAAGCAGGAAGAGGAGAGUGGUGUGUCGUAUCAGGAAGUGCAGCGUGCCGAGGCCGAGGAAAUCAUGUCAGAUGCCGUCCACGCCAGUGAAGAGGUCGAAGGUGGUGGCAAAGCCGGCUUUCGAGAGACUGCCAAAGAGGGCAAGUUCAAGGGCUUGUUCAACAAAGCACGAAGGACCAGUGUCGACAUUGAUGAGAAGGACAAGAUACACCCCGAAGAUGAGAAUGACGACACGGAAGCGUUGAUGGCGAAGAAGAAGAAGUUUGAAGCACAUCGUGAUGAGCAUUUUGAUGAAAACGCGAAAAGCGCCGACAGUAUUGCAAAAGACGCGAUGCUAGGCCAGAAGAAACCUAGCGAGGAAGGUUACGAUGGCCGCACUGCAGACGGCAAGAAAGAUGGCGACGACGAACAGAGCGAGGAGUCACGACAACAGGAACUGGAGAAUUUUGUGCAGGAAGAACUGUACAUUCAUGGAAAGGUCCUCAUCGUCGACGACAGGGUCGUCCUCUGUGGUUCCUCCAACAUUAACGACCGAAGUCAGCUGGGUUUCCACGACUCCGAACUCACCAUCGUAAUGGAAGACACACUCCCCUUGCCAUCCAAGAUGAACGGCGAACCAUACCAAGCUGGCCACCAUGCCGCCACACUCCGCCGAAUGCUCUGGCGUGAACACCUUGGCCUCCUGCCGCCCCAAGAUCUCGACGCCGAAAACGACCCGAACGCCCAGCCGCCUGGGGACGCCGAGAACGAUUGGUGCCAUGGUGACGAAUGGGAUCAGUUUGUUGAAGAUCCUCUGUCCGAUGAGCUUUGGGACAUGUGGACUAAGAAUGCCACUGUCAAUACCAAGAUAUUCAGACACUUGUUUCAUGCUGACCCAGAUGACAACGUGAAGACUUUGGAAGAUUAUGAUCGUUUCCUUGGGGCCAAGGGCAGCAGGAAGGCGGGACAUAUCUAUGAUCAGUUUCAACCUGUCGAGAUUGCGAGGCGGGAAUUGGACAAGAUCAAGGGGCACAUUGUAUGGAUGCCUCUGAGAUUUCUGGAAGAUGCGAAUUUGGCGGAGAGAGGGUUGCAGGUCAACAGUAUCACGGAGAGUAUUUAUACAUGAGGUGGGGGAUGCAGGUAUUGUUACAGUCUUGAGGGGAGGUAAUGUGGGAUGGAAUGGGAUUGUUGGCCGACCUUUUGUUCGUGCAUUAGAAGAACGACAGAAACCGAG